GAGCAGCUAAGCGACUUGCCCAAGGUCACACAGCAGACAUGUGGCAGAGCCGGGAACUCAGUGUUUACACCCACUGGAGCAGCUUGGAGCGGAUGUUCUCGAACAACGACGAAGCCGUGAUCAACAAAAAGCUUCCCAAAGAGCUGCUGCUGAGAAUAUUCUCUUUCCUGGAUGUAGUCACCCUGUGCCGCUGUGCUCAGGUCUCCAGGGCUUGGAAUGUUCUGGCCCUGGAUGGCAGUAACUGGCAGCGUAUUGACCUGUUUGAUUUCCAGAGGGACAUCGAGGGGAGAGUGGUGGAGAACAUCUCUAAGAGAUGUGGGGGCUUCUUACGGAAGUUAAGUCUUCGCGGGUGUCUCGGAGUUGGAGACAAUGCAUUAAGGACCUUUGCACAAAACUGUAGGAACAUUGAAGUUCUGAACCUCAAUGGGUGUACGAAGACGACGGACGCGACAUGUACCAGCCUCAGCAAGUUCUGCUCCAAACUCCGGCACCUGGAUUUGGCUUCCUGUACGUCGAUCACCAACAUGUCCCUUAAGGCCCUGAGCGAGGGGUGCCCGCUGCUGGAGCAGCUGAACAUUUCCUGGUGUGACCAAGUGACCAAGGAUGGCAUCCAGGCGCUGGUGAGAGGCUGCGGGGGACUGAAAGCCUUAUUCCUUAAAGGCUGCACUCAGCUCGAAGACGAAGCUCUCCGGUUCAUCGGCGCCCACUGUCCCGAGCUGGUGACUUUGAACCUGCAGACCUGCUUACAAAUCACAGACGACGGUCUCAUCACGAUAUGCAGAGGCUGCCACAAGCUGCAGUCCUUGUGUGCCUCCGGCUGCUCCAAUAUCACGGAUGCCAUCUUGAACGCCCUCGGGCAGAACUGUCCCCGCCUCAGAAUAUUGGAAGUCGCGAGGUGUUCUCAGCUGACGGACGUGGGCUUCACCACUCUGGCCAGGAACUGCCACGAGCUCGAGAAGAUGGACCUGGAAGAGUGUGUUCAGAUUACAGACAGCACGUUAAUCCAGCUCUCUAUCCACUGUCCACGACUCCAGGUGUUGAGUCUGUCACACUGUGAGCUGAUCACGGACGACGGGAUCCGUCACCUGGGCAACGGGGCCUGCGCCCACGACCAGCUGGAGGUGAUCGAGCUGGACAACUGCCCGCUGAUCACGGACGCCUCCCUGGAGCACCUGAAGAGCUGCCACAGCCUCGAGCGGAUAGAGCUGUAUGACUGUCAGCAGAUCACCCGGGCCGGGAUCAAGAGACUCAGGACCCAUUUACCCAAUAUCAAAGUCCACGCUUACUUCGCGCCAGUCACCCCGCCGCCUUCAGUGGGAGGCAGCAGGCAGCGCUUCUGCAGAUGCUGUAUCAUCCUAUGACCCCGGAGGGCGUCGACCGUGGCGGAACUGACUAUUUAAGGACACUUUCUGGCUCGACCGUGGAGUCUGUCCGACGGCGGCGGUGGUAACCCCCAGUCUCCCAGACCAGGGCCUCCCCACCCCUCUCCACCCACCAGAGCCACCCAUCCGCGCCCACGCACCCCCCCGCGCCUUCGGCUCCGUCUCACGUCCGGGGGGCCGGAUCUGCGUCGGCUUUUUCCGGCGGACGGAUUGCCGUCUUCUGGAACCGUUCCCACCGGGCACGCUCCGGAGGAGCGGCCGGGGGGCCGGGUGGGGGGCGGGCGCGGGAGAGGAGACGGGAGCAUUCCGGCCGCUCGCUGCCACCGGGGAUGCGUCCCGGGAGUGGGCACGUUGGCACGUCAGCCCUCGCCUCCCGAGCAGGAGAAGGUGUGAACGAACCCCCCCCACGCACAGUUAACCUUGCAUCCAGGGACCAGGGGUGAAGGCACCUCCGUUCUCCCAAGGGAACCGGAGGCGGCCGCCCCGUCCGUCCACCGGGAAGUGGGAUCCCGGUGCUUCUGAACUUGUUCCCCCGUCCACGGGUUGAGCAUGCUCACUUCGAUGGGUCUUCGGUUUCUCCUGUGUUAAUAGCUUUCUGCCCUCCGGGGUGGCUGCGACAGAGCUUGAAAUCUCUCCUCUUCCAGUGUGAUGUGUCUCCGUGUCUUUGUCUCUCUCCGCCUCUGUUUUUUUCUCUGUCUCUCUCCCUCGUUCUCUCUCUCUCUGUGUCUCCUCUCAGACCCACUCUCUCGUGUUCUUUUAGCCUCUCCCUGUUCCUUCAUCUCCGGUCUCCAAUCGACUAGUUGAGGUCCUCGGACUCUUUUUAAAAAAGAAAAGGUAUUUAUCAAUAAAUGUUGGAGAUGCCACUUUU